GGACUUGAAUGAUGCUCAGGUGGUCUGCAGACAGCUGGGCUGUGGUACAGCACUGGCUGCCACUCAUUCAGCCUACUUUGGAAAAGGGCCAGAUAAAAUCUUGCUUGAUGAUGUGGGCUGUACGGGGAGUGAAACAUAUCUGACUGAUUGUUCGCACAGAGGAUAUUGGGUACAAAACUGCACUCAUAAUCAGGAUGCUGGUGUGAUCUGUUCAGCUGGCCUGAUCAGAUUAACUGGACCAAAUAGAUGUUCUGGACGAGUUGAAAUCUACAACAAUGGAUCUUGGGGAACUGUCUGCAAUAACAGCUGGAACAUAAACGAGGCUAGAGUGGUCUGUAGACAGCUGGGUUGCGGCACAUCACUGAGUAUCCAUCACUUUGGAGAGGGAUUUGGACAAAUCAAUGAAGUGACCUGCACAGGGAGCGAAAGGCAUCUGUCUGAGUGUUCACACAGUGGAUUUGGAGCUCAGCACUGUAAUCAUAGUCAGGAUGCUGGUGUCAUCUGUUCUGGUCCCAUACAGCCCAGCAUCAGCCUGAAUCCUCAAGGUCAAAUCAUCUUGGGUCAGAAUGUCAACAUAACUUGCUCUCUGCCUGGCGUACAAGUAGAAGGGAUGUUUAUCUUCAAGAAGAGCACAGGCACAUUCAACCAGACUGUGAACUCAAGCAGCAGCUCUGCGACUAUCAAUAUCCCUCAUGCCACUUUUAAUGAUCAGGGAGAGUACAAGUGUCAGUUUCAAAUCAUGCUUCCCAAUGAAAACUUCACCACCCUCUUUAGUGACCCUGUUCAGCUAACAGUGAACUUUCCAAGACCCAGCAUCAAUAUUGAUCCCACUGGUGUGAUUAGCGCUGACCAAAAUGUUAGCAUCAUUUGUUCAGUCACUGAUCAGCAAGGAGGAGGAUCCUUUCUCUUCAGCAAGUAUCCAGGAACCUUCAGUCAGACGGUGAACUCAAGCACCAGCUCUGCUAAUUUCUAUAUCCCUCAAAUUACCUUUGAGGAUGAGGGAUGGUACCGGUGUCUGUUUAAAGUGAGGUUUUCUAAUGAGGACUUCAGCACCAGCUUCAGUGACUAUGUCUCGCUGUAUAUAAAAGGUGUUCUACCGAAGCCCAACAUCACGGUGCAGCCUGCUGGUCUGGUUUCCUGGGGUCAAACCGCCAGCAUCACUUGUUUAAUUACGAAUGGAUUGAAAGGAUCAUUCAACUUCACAAAGACCCCGGGUCCUUUCAGUCUGAAUGUAAUCUCAAGUACAAACACGGCUACUUUCCAAAUCCCGCAAGUCCGCUUGGGAAAUGAGGGAUUGUAUCAGUGUCGGUUUCAAAGAACAAUUUUAAAUGAAGAUUUCCAUACCGACUUUAGUGACCCUGUCUGGCUAGCUGUGAACCUUUCAACGCCCACCAUCACCUUGGAUCCUGCCGGCGUAGCGAUGUGGGGUCAGAAUGUCAUCCUCACGUGUUCAGUCUCUGAGGGGCGAGCAGGAGGAUCAUUCCUCUUUAGGAGAACGGCGGGUCUUUUCAGCCAGACUGUAAGCUCAAGCGGAAACUCUGCUACCUUCCUCAUCUCCCAAGUUGGCUUGAGAGAUGAGGGAUUGUACCAGUGUCAGUUUCAAAGGAGAGUUUCCGAUCAAGACUUCAACACCAGCUUAAGUGACACAGUCCAACUAUCUGUGGUUCUUCCAAAGCCCAACAUCACCUUGGAUCCUACUGGUGUGGCUGUUAUCGGUCAGACUGUCAGCAUCUCUUGCUCGGUCUCUGAGGGCCAAGUAGGAGGAUUAUUUAUAUUCAAGAAGGUCCCUGGUUCCACCACCCAUGUUGUAAACUCAAGCAGCAGCUCAGUUGCAUUCCAAAUCCCUCAAGUCAGCGUGGUGGAUGAGGGAUCGUAUCAGUGUCAGCAUCAAAGAAGGGUUUUCAAUCAAUACUUGAGCACGAAUUUGAGUGAUUCUAUCCUGCUAACUGUGAACUACCCAAAGCCCAACAUCACCAUUGAGCCCAGAAGUGUGGUUAUGUGGGGUGAGGAUGUCAACAUUACUUGUUGGUUCACUGUGGACAUAGGAGGAGGAUCAUACAUCUUCACAAAGUCCUCAGGUCCUUUCAACCAAACUGUGCACUCAAGCAGUAACUCAGCUACUUUGCAUAUUCAACAAGUCAGCUUUGAGGAUGAGGGAGUGUACCAGUGCAAAUUUCAAAGUACAACUUCUAGCACCGACUUUAGCGAUCAAGCCCAUCUGAAUCUGACUGUGAUCCUUCCAAAGCCAAGCAUCAUCAUGGAUCCUGCAGGUGCAGUUGGCUUUGGCCAGCUUGUCGCUAUCACUUGUUCUAUCUCGACUCAAUAUUUAGGCGGAUCAUUCACCCUGGAGAAGACCUCGGCAUCAUUCUAUAAGACCCAACUAUCAAGUACCAACUCCUCUACUUUCAGAUUUCUUGAAGCCAAUUCUAGUCAUGUGGGAGAUUACAGGUGUUAUUAUAAUAAAACUCUGGAUCAUCAAACCUUUAUCUCCCCUCUAAGUGACACUGUCACAAUUUCUGUUAUUGGUGGCUAAAGUGCCUGUUGGAUUAGCAAUCCACCUGACUCUUCCUUGAUCUCAUUACAUUUACUGUUUACUCUGGUUGUUUCUAUUUCAUCGAUAGCUAUCCUAUUCUAUUCUAAUCUAAUCAAUUUAGUAUGUGACUGAUGCAUAAAUUGUCACUCUAUGUAAUCAAAUAACUGUUUGUGCUGCUGCAAAUUAAGAGCAGACAUGGCGGAUGCUAAAUAAAUCCUGCAAGUAAAUGAAAAUGUAAUAGCUGUGUUUUGCAAAAUUGACGAGAUGUAAAAAAUCA